CUAUAACCCGAUGUGGUUCUACAAAAUCCAACAGCGAGCGCAUGCCUCUCGGCGCUGACACCGGGCACAGCCGCACGCACCUCAGACACGGGCAGCACGAAGCCCUGUAAGCGUGUGACAGCCGACACCACACUGCCCGUGCAUUGCUCCCACUGUCCUCCAUCCACAGACGCACCACAAACACAGAGCCCUUCCCAUGAGACCCCAGGACCUCCAGCCCGGGCAGGCACCCAGGGGCACCCAGGGACCCUAAGCAGCAGCUGGAGCCCCCCAGCAGCUCAGCUCCCCUUAGCCCCAAGCUCGGCCCAUAGGGCAGUGGCUGGCAGGCUUUCAGGGGGAGCACGGGCUCCUUGCGGCCCUUGGAGAAAAGCAGCAGCAGGGUAACAGCAGGGCUGCCCCUGCCCAGCUGCCUCCCAGCCCCUCUCUUUGGGCAGGGGCACCUUGGGUAUCUUUGAUGUGUUUCUGUUCCCCACUGUGUGGCUGCUCCAUGCCUCUCCCCAGCUCCCGGGUGCUCUCGCCCAGGGCUGGCCCUGCCCUGGAUGUACCUCGGGACACAGUGAGCAGAGUGGUGCAUCGCUUCACUUGGCCCAGACUUGCACCGUGGAGCACUGCGUGCAGCUGCAGGGCAGGGAAGGACGGGGCCCUCAGGCCCCUGCCCCACAGGGUGGGAGGGAAGAGCCCAGGCCCACACGUCCACUGCAGCCCUCCUCCAGGCCCACCAUGUUGUGCAUGCUUGCUCCACUGUUCAUCACCCCAUCUUCUUCGUCCCACAGCAGCACAACUGAGAGAGGAAGUAGACGACUUGAAGCUGGAAAAUGCCACCUGGGGAGGGGACUGGGCCCCUUGUCUCACACAGAUACCCAUGGGCAGCUGCAGAGAAAUGAUGCCAUCACUGCCAGGGAAUGCUGAGCAGGUGCCUGUGCAGCAGGCGGUGACAGCAGCUCCCCAUCCCUGGCUCUGGGGUGUGGUGCAGGUUCGUGUCCAUUCUGCUAAGCUCCGUCAGCUGCAGGUGGAGCCAGCAGCUAGGUGCUGGGGCCUGUGCUGCCUGAGGAGUGUGGCUGGUGGUGGGGGAGAGCUCAUGCCAGGCCCUGCCGUGGCUGCAGGCUCUCCCUUGCAGCAGGUCUGUGACGUACCUGGUCGAGGCUGAGGCUGCGUUCCUGUGCAAGGAGGGAAGGAGUCAUGGAGUCCUGUGCAGGAGCCCCAUCUUGGAGUCAUCUCCUGUGGUCCUCUGCAAGACCCCUUCCCCUCGGCACGCCAGGCUCUCAGCCCUGCUGUAAAGGGGAGUGGGGGAGACAGCUUCCCCUGGUGCCACGGUGGGGUUGUGGAGGGUGGGAAGACUGGGGAGGAAGAGGGGUGUGAAUGCCCCCUGUUCAGCACCAGUGCAUCCACUGCUGGAGAGCUGCGUUGCAUUCUGGGAUCCUCUGAACAAGGCAGAUAUGAGCGUACUGAAGGGAGUCCAGUGACGUGGACUCACCCAUGGGCUCCCCACCCCUCUGUUCUGCCUCGUGGACUACUUCUCCUCCCUCUCUCUCUCUGAUUCUCUGCCCUGCUUCCUCUUCUCUUUCCUUAAUUUCACUAUUCCUAAUACUUCUUUCUCCAUCACUGCACUGCUCCCUGUCCUUGUUCUCUAACAAUCUUGGUGUCCUGUUCCCUGUCCUUUGCUCAUCUCCAUCCUCCUUGCCUUUAUUUGUGUAUUUCUCUCUGCUCCUAAUGCUUCUUUCUUUCUUGGCUCUGCUUAGCUUCCCUCUUUUUCUCUGCCUGUCCUUGCAUCUUGCUUUUGCUCCCUGUUUUUUCAGUCUUCUUCUCUGUCCUGCUGACCUUUCCCUCACCUCUGGCCACAUCCAUCUGGCUGUUUCUUUUUCCCCUCUACGCCUCUAUCCUGUUUCUUUUUGCUCUUUCUCAAUCUGUGACUUGCAGUCCAUCUCUGUUUUAUCCCUUUCCCUCUUUAUUUUGUCCUGAUCUGCAUCCCUCCCCUGUACCUCACACUUUCCCAAUGCCAGUGUCCUGCUCCUUCCCUUCCUCCCACCAUCCACACUUUCUCUGCCCUCGCUCCCUCUCUUCUCUCCCUUGCCUUCUGCUUCUCUCUCUAUCCCUCUGCCCUGUCUCCAUUCCCUUUUUAACUUGCCUUUUCAGUCUGUUCUUUUUUUUUUUUCCCCUCAGUCAGACUGUUCUGCUCCUUUGCUUUGGGCUUUCUGUGUCAGUCACUCUGCCCUUCUUCCAUGUUUCUGUUUUCUCUCAGUUUAUCUAUCCUGCUCCCUAUCUCUCCUUUUAUUCUUUCUGUACCCCAUUGCCUUGCUUCCUGUUCAUCUCAUUUUCUCUCUGUCCCUCUGUCCCACUGCCCAUCUGUGUAUUUUCCACCAGCAAGGCUCUGCUCCCUGUUCCUGUCUCACCCUCCAUCCCUGCUCUCCACCCCAGGAUUUUUUAUUCUCCUUUGUCCUGCUCCCUGUCCUUCUUUCUGCUUCUUGCUGUCCCUCAGCCCUUCCCUGUCUCACCAGCUCCUGUUCUAUCCCCCUGUGCAGACGUCUCACUCUGUCUGUCCCUCUGCACCUGUCCUGCUCCCAUCUCUUUUUGCUGUUUCUUGCUCCCAGUCCUGCCCCACACCACUGCCUUCUCUCUGCUCUCCUGCUCUGUGCCCUCCUUUUCUGUCCCUAUCUUACUCUGUUACUCUCUUGCUCCGUCCCACUCCUCUCAGCACCUUUUGCUUCUCUGUCCCUCAGUUCUGCUGUCACUCAUUUCCUUCUCAAGCUUUCUUCCUCCUGUCUCUCUCUUCCUAGCAUUCUUUCCUACUUCUUCUCCCUCUGCUUUUCUGUAUUCUUGCAUCCCGUGUCAUUUUUCUCUUCAUCGCAUUUUCUUGUUCUUUACCUUUUCUUUUAGUCCAUAUGUUGUAUUCCAUGCCCCCUAGUGCCCACACUUGUGUCCCUGCCAUCCACUUUCUUUUUGCCUUGCUGCUCAUUAUAUUUCAUCCUUCUUCCUCACUCUGUGCUUCUUCCUGCCUCUUUCCUUGUCUUUCUUUGUCCAGCACUUUUCUUUCAGUUCUGUCCUGCUUCCUGCCUUGUCUCUUCUCAUGGUAUCCCUCUGCUUUCCUCCCUCUCCCUCUGUGCCCCUCCAUCCCUCCAUCCCCCAUUCUCUCCCUCCUCUCUCCACCUUGGCAGCCUUUCUCUGGUUCUGUCUCAACCUGUCCCGCUCUGUGUUUCUAUGGAUGGGGCUGCCCCUUCCCCUUGUCCUUCCUCCGGAUUUGUCCCAGAUUUUUUCUCUGCCUUGCUGCCACCACAUUUGUUUUUCCUGCAGUGCUGCCCUCCUCGUCCCUUCGCUCCUCUCCCUGUCCUGUUCCCUGCCUCCCCUGCUCUCCACUCCUGUCCAUGUCCACUCUGUCCUUCCUUUUCCUUUCCCCGUCUCCGCCUGCAGCCCCCUGCAACGUGCUCCCCACUGCAGUCAAUGGAGCCGGAGCUUCCCGUGGGACGGGGAACGCACAGCGUAGCGCUGCCCGCUGCUGCCACCCGCUGGCUAAUGCCAGUACUGCGGCAGCUGGCGGCACGCAAGCGCAGUGGCACCGCCCCGCCGACUUGGACUACGAUACUAGGGGGAGCAUGCGCAAUAUCACCAGCGCGGUGGACAUGCGUAGUACCGCUCCAUCCGACGAGCAUGCGCAAUUGCGCCCCCGAAGAGCAUGCGCAGUAGCUGACUGGCGAGUGCGCUCAGCAGCGCCCUUUCCUACAGCGAGGUCCACACCGAGGGGCAUGCGCACUGGCACCUCUCCGGGCAGCAUACGCCGUCGUUCGGCGGGCUGAUUUGAGUGGUUUCAGACAGCAUGGGUGGAAAUGGAAACAUUUUAAACGUCCCUGGAUAGAAUUAGGGAUAGGGGAACUGGCUAGGGUUAUCAUUAAGGUUUGGAUUUGUUUUAGCUAUAACGUUGGGAGUUAGGUUUAGUGGUUAGGGUGAAUGUUGUUAGGGUUAACAUUAGUGUUAGGGUCAUAAGAGUCAUCACAGAAUCAAACAGUGGUCGUAGAGUUGUCACAGAAGGCUCAGAGUCCUAGAGCCAUCAUAAGGUUGUUAGUCUGAGAGUCAUCACAGAGUCAUGCUAGAGUUGUGGACAUAAUGUCAUCACAGAGGCAUCAUGGAGUUGUCAUAGUCAUCACAAAUACAUCAUAAAGUCAUCGUAUAGACCUCACAGAGUAAUAUAGUCAUCACAGAGUCAUAAGUGUCAUCAUAGAGUUGUCAUAGAUUCAUGGACUUGUCAUGGAGUCACAGUCAUCAUAGAGAACAUUGAGUUGGUAUAAAGUCAUAGAGUCGUCAUAGAGCCAUCAUAGAGCAUGUAAAGAUGGCAUCCAAACCUGCAGAGAUGGGGUCAGGAAAGCCAAAGCACACAUGGAACUGAACUUGGUGAAAGAUGUGAAAAACAAGAGAGUACAGGUACAUUGGUCAGAAGAGGCAGACCUGACUCCAACAGAUACAGAGAAAACUAAGGUAUGAGGAAUGAGUUCUUUGCCUCAAUCAUCACUGGCAGUCAGGCUUCCCAUGCCUCUCACAUCCCUGAACUUUUAAGUGGGGCUCAGGAGAGCAAAAUCCCUCCAACAGUAAGAGCAGAGCAAGUCCAAGACCACCUCAUGAAGCUGAAUGUAUACAAGUUUAUGGGGCUGGAUGACGUGCAUCCCAGGAUACUGAAGAUUGGUUGAUCCUGAAGAAUUGGCUGAUGUGGUUGCCAAGCCACUCCAUCAUAUUUGGAAAAUCAUGGCUGUUAGACAAAGUCCCCAGUGACUGGAAAAAGGGGACUAUCACUCCCAUUUUUAAGAAAGGGAGGAAGGAAGACCUAGGGAGCUACACACUGGUAAGCAUCAUGUCUGUGCCUGGGAAGACCAUGGAACAGAACUUCCUGGAAGAGAUGUUAAGGCACAUGCAAGAUGAGGAAGUUAUCCAGGACAGCCAGCAUGGCUUCACCAAGGGCUAAUUGUGCCUGACCCAUCUGAUGGCCUUCUACAAUGGAACGACAGCACUAGUGUGGAAAAGAAGGGCAACUGAUGUCAUCUACCUGGAAUUGUGCAAGGCUUUUAACAUUGUCCUGCACAUUCUUAUCUCCAAAUUGUAGAGAUAUGGAUCCGAAGGCUGGACUGUUAAGUGGAUAAAGGAUUGGUUGGAUGGUCGCAGCUAGAAGGUUGUCAUACAGACAUCUUAGAGUGAUCCUUAUAUUCAUCACAUAGACAUCAUAGAGGCAUAGCAUCAUCAUAGAUUGGGUGGAGUGAUCAUAGUAUCACAGAGACAUAAUAAAGAGUCAUCACAGAGCCAUAGAGUCAUCACAGAGUUGUCAUAAAACUAUACAGUCAUCAAAUAGACAUACAGACAGCAUAGAGUCAUCACAGAGUUAUAGUCAUCAUAGAUUCAUGGUCAUCCUAGAGUCAUUAUAGAGUUGUAAUAAAGUCAAGGAGUCAUCACAGAAUAAUCAAAGAGACAUCAUAGAGUUAAAGAUUAGUCAUAGAGUCAUUGUAGCAUCACAGAGACAGCAGUGAGCUGUCAGAUUCCUCAUAAUGUCAUGGUGUCAUCAUAGAGUCAUUGAUUUGUCAUAGUCAUAGAGUGGUCAUAGAGUAGUCAAAUGUCAUCAUAAAGACAUCACAGAAAUGUCACAGAGUCACCACAGAGUCAUAGAAUCAUCAUAGAGUUGUCAUAGAGAGUUGUCAUAGAUUUGAAGAGACAUACUAGAGUCUUUAUAGACUCACAUAAACAUCACAGACUCAAAGAGUCGUAAGAGUCACAGAGUUGUCAUAGAGCCUUUGGAAAAUUUUAAACCAUGUACUGGUGUUGAAAACUUGUCCAGAAACUGAGAGAAGCAAAGGACAGUGAAGUCCAAUGAUUUUGGUAGGAGUUGAGCAUAAUUGCUCAGCCAGAUGGGGCUCAUUCUGCUAUUCUGGACAAACUGGUCACGUUUAACUCUGAAUGUGGAUGCUCUGAAAUUCCCUUAAACCAUUCUAAAUACACUGCUUAUGGAGUUUGAAUCCUGCAAAGAAAGCCCUCUGUACAUGCAAAGGCUUUACUGCUGUUCAUCUCUGCACAAACCACAGAUGUGAGCUAUGAAAGUCAUGCUGCAGUUCCCCCAGACCUGCUGUACUCUUUCAGCUUGACAAUCUGGCACCACUGCAAACUGUGAUAACUCUGCUGAGAUGUAUAAAGAUCACCGUGCAGUUUUCGCAGCUUUACCUACAGAGUCCCAACAGCAGCAAGAAAUAUCCCAAAAAUUAUAGCAAAACUUCAGGGAAUCCUUCAUAUUUCAUGGACAUCACUGGAAGCAUCUGACAAAAUCUACUAAAGCAAAGACCUGGCCUUCAAUGGAAUUAAACCAAGCAGCUGCUGGACGCUGUUGCUCUGCCACAUCUGAUGGAAACUCAGACACCAAUGGUGAAUAAUGAAGAUCGAAGUAAUAAUUUUCCUGAGAUUUAUGGAAGAAAGUCCCGAUUUAGUUUCUCCAGAAGCAUUUACCUUCCUGGGAUAUUUAUAUGGAGCGGUAGUUUUCUUGACAUGCUCCUGCAAGUCGC